UAACCGGGCGCGCCCCUUCGAAGGGGCGGUUCUCGCAGUGGAAAGCGGACGGCGGCGAUGGCGACGGCGGGCGGCCUUGGAUACGGCGUUCAGAACCCUCCAAUGGAGGUAUCGAGGGACCAGGAUCUCGUCGCAGACCUCCAAUCCCAGCUGGUCUCUCUCCGCCACCGGGUGGAGGAAUUGGAGAGGGAGAAAGAGAGAUUGUUAUCACGGAUAUCUCGCUGCCGGUGCUCGAAGGAAGAAGAUGUAACAUUUCUAUCUAAUGCUACUGUGAGCUCUGAAAGAACUCUUCAAGAGGACCAGCAGAAUGAACUUCAUGCAACUGAGAAUUCAGAACCUGCCAUGAUCUGUUCUUCUGACCAUCCAUUCAUGUCCUGUAGUAAUUCAGUCAAGCAGGAUGAAAUUACACAGGCCAAUGGUUUUCAUGCGGAGAACACUGCCAAGUUUAUCAAGCAUGAAUCAAGAGAGGAAACAGGUUGCCACCUGAGGACUGUACAUCACUUCGCAAAGAGAUAUGUUGCUCUGAAAAUCAUGUAUUUUGGUCAGAGGUUUUAUGGUUUUGCUUCAGAGGCUCAGAUGAAUCCAACUGUUGAGUCUGAGAUAUUUAAGGCACUUGAGAGGACGAAGCUUUUGGUUGGCAAAAAGGAGGACUCAAAUUACUCGAGGUGUGGUAGGACCGACAAGGGUGUUUCAUCAAAUGGCCAAGUGAUUUCGCUAUAUUUACGAUCCAACCUGAAGGGCAUCGGUGCAAACAGCAAAAAAGAGGAGUCCACAUCGGAAGAAAAAUGUGAGAUUGAUUAUGUAAAGGUGCUGAAUAAAGUCCUCCCAAAAGAUAUACGAGUGCUAGGCUGGUGUCCUGUUUCCACGGAUUUCCAUGCAAGGUUUAGCUGUUUAAGCAGAGAAUAUAGGUACCUUUUCUGGAAGGGAACUUUGGACAUAUUGGCAAUGCAGGAGGCUGCGAAGAAGUUUAUCGGGGAGCACGACUUCAGAAAUUUCUGUAAGAUGGAUGCGGCAAACGUGAAUAACUAUAAGCGCCAUAUCACAAUCUUUGACAUCUCUUCUUCCAAUAAAAGGUUCAGUGAUAAUGAACUAUGGGCAAUGACGAUCAAGGGGAGUGCUUUUCUGUGGCAUCAAGUCCGGUGCAUGGUUGCUGUGUUAUUUAUGAUUGGUCAAGGUCUUGAAUCCCCUAAUAUAGUUGAUGUGCUACUGGAUACCAACAACACUUGGAGAAAACCUCAGUACAACAUGGCACCGGAGCUCCCAUUGAUUCUAUGUUUUUGCAAAUUCAAAAAUGUCAACUUUAUUUGUUCAUCAGAUGCCAGCCGAGCUUUGCACGAACACUUGAAGAAUGAAUUCCAGAGUUACAUGAUGCAAGCAGCCAUAUUUCAUGAGGCCCUGGGUUGUUUACCCAUUCCAGAUGAGAGUUCAGCAGAACCUGGUCGGAAGAAAAAAGGUCAUAUUCCUCUCAUGCUGCGUCCAACAGAACCAUCAUAUGAUGAACGGCGUGCCAAAUUGAACGCCAAAGCUACUCAUAAGAGGUCACCAAAUUGCCCUGAAAAAAUAAAUCAUGAACCGAACUAAUUGAUGCACCUAUAGUCAAUUUGAUUUCAUGACCUAUGAUGAUGGAAACCCCAAUUAUUUCCCAGCCUGGCGCAAGGACCCAGCAGUUUCAUAGCCAUCUGUACCGCAAGUGAAGUCAUUAUGAUGAUGAACUGGCUUAAGAAACAAUGAGGAUCCAAGGGAGGUCCAUAAUGCUGCUUAUAUUAUUACCAAAACCGUGUUCCCUUUUAUCUGAAAGUUUGUUUCAAGCUGGGAGCUGGGCGAGAUAGAAUAACUAUAGUUAUGAUUAUUCUGAAGCUAGGUAGUCCAAUAAAAUUCAUUGUCCAUGCUCAUGCCAAGCUUGCAAAUUAUGUCAUUACAGUAGCUGCUUGCUAUUUUCUUUAAGAUUGUACCUUGUAAACAUGUUGUCCAUCGCAUCUCUCCUCCAUAUUUUCCUGAACCAGAACAGUAUUAAGAAUUAAUUUUACUAGGUCGAGUUCCUGGCC